GGGCUGCCUCAUCAGAAUUACAAAUCUAAAAUAAUAUGUCUUCCAAUAAUUGUUAUUCUACUACUACUACUUUCCUAUCUAGUGUCAUAUUUGCCAUAGCACCACUAUUAAUUAUUAUAUUACUACUAACAAUAUUUUUCAUCAAAUUUAAACAACUAAUUCCUAAUAAUAAUCAUAAGCAGUCGCUUCCUCCGGGUCCCACUCCGUGGCCGAUCUUCGGAAGCAUACCCGAGUUGUUGUUUAACAGACCAACGUAUCGAUGGCUUCAUGAUUUGAUGAACGAUUUCAACACAGACAUUGCCUGUAUUCGCCUCGGCACCACUACUCAUCUCAUCACUGUCACCUCUCCCGAGAUAGCCAGAGAGUUGUUGAAGAAACACGACGCAAUCUUUGCUUCCAGACCCCUAACGCUGGCCACGUCACUACUCAGCCAAGGCUACAAGGCCACUGUAGUGUCGCCCUGCGACGACCAAUGGAGGAAGAUGAAGAGAGCUCUUGUGUCUAAUGUUAUCAAUCACUCUAAGCUUGCUUGGCUUCUCGAUAAGAGAACUCAAGAAGCUGACAAUCUGGUUCGCUUUGUUUAUAACCAAGCGAAUCAGAUUGGCGGUGGAGUGGUGAAUGUGAGAGUUGCGGCGCAACAAUACUCGGUGGGAGUGUUGAGGAGAAUGAUUUUUGGUAGAAGAUAUUUUGGGAAGGGAAGAGAGGAUGGUGGGCCUGGGAAGGAAGAGGAAGAGCAUGUGGAGGCUUUGUUUAGUGUGUUGUCACAUUCUUAUUCUUAUUCUGUAUCGGACAUUCUUACAUGGCUACGUUGGUUUGACUUAGAUGGUCAUCAAAGAAGUGUUCGUAAAGCCAUGGAAGUGAUUAACAAGUACCAAGGCUCCUUAGUGAAGGAGAGGAUUAGAGAAUGGAGAGAUAAUAAGAAAGUAGAAGACUUACUUGAUGUUCUUAUCUCCCUCAAAGAUUCUGAUGGGAACCCACUUUUGUGUGAGGAUGAAAUCCAAGCACAACUCACGGAAUUGUUUAUAGCAGUAGUGAACAAUCCACAUACCAUAGCAGAGUCGGCACUCUCAGAAAUGUUGAAGCAUCCAGAAAUGCUUGAAAAGGCAACACAAGAAAUUGAUAGAGUGAUUGGCAAUGAAGCAGAGCUCCUCCAAGAGUCUCAUGUCCCUCAACUCACUUACCUUAUCGCUUGUGCGAGAGAAGCUCUUCGGCUCCACCCUGUUUCCACCUUCAACCUCCCACAUCUCUCUAUCGCAGACUGCACUGUCGCUGGCUACUUCAUUCCCAAAGGCAGUCACAUCCUCAUCAGUCUCGGUCGCAGCCCUACUGCCUGGGAUCAACCUUUGCGAUUCAACCCUGACCGUCAUCUUCCCGAGAACCGACGUGACUUGGUGGAGACCGAUCUACGGUUCAUUAGCUUCUCAACAGGGAGGAGAGGGUGCAUCGGAAUGGAGUUGGGGACGAACAUGACCAUUAUGCUUUUGGGAAGACUGUUGCAAUGUUUCGCGUGGAAGAUUCCAAAAGGGGUUAAGAAGAUGGAUUUGAGGAUAGAAGAAGAGGAAAACACUCUGUUAAUUGCUACGCCAUUGUUUGCUCAUGCAACACCUCGCUUCAAUCCUUCUUUCUAUGCUUUCUGAUUAUGAUCUUAUAAUUAAACUUGAAUUUUAGUGUCGCUUUUGAAGUGAUCUGUAGUAUAUUGCUUAAGUAAUUUAAGAAUAAAAUUACAUGUAAUUGAAGUAAUUAACAACUUUUAAAUCCAUCCAAA